ACAAAUCGGCGGGAGACAAGAGCGUGAUGACGAGCAAGCAGAAACAGACAGAACAGCCGUGCGAGCUCGCGCAGGUGCUGCCGACUUGUGAGGCCGUGGCAGCUCAGGCCACGCAUGUGCGCAUCUCCCAGCAGGCCAUCGACAGCACGGCGAAGAAGCUAGCAACAGUGCUUGAGGAGAACGCGUUCUCACUGGCGCAUUGGCGAAUGCACGAGCUGCAUCCCUCCGACCCAAAGGACAACCAUGUGGACUUCAUUUUUGUGCUUGAUGCGCUCAAUUUUAGCUUUUGGAUGCCGGAGGGAGAGAAAUACGCAGUCGAGUACCGUGGAAAACAAUGGACCGGCUACUGGUCCCUCGUCGCCGCCCUGUCCCGUGCCAUUGACGAAGGGAUUGACAUGUGCAACCCCGCCGUGUACGGCAGCCUGACGCUCGACCAGCUCCGCAGUGUCUUCCGCUCCGUCUCUGGAACAGAAGUGCCACUCCUUGAGCAACGCCACGAGGUCCUUACGCAAGCUGGCCAGUGCCUUGUAAAGGACUUUGGCGGGACGUUUCGCACGUGCGUUGAGCGUGCAAACAAGUCGGCAGCUUCCCUUGUGCGUCUUGUCACACAGCACUUCCCAUCGUUUCGGGACAUGAGCAUAUACAACGGCAACCCAGUGUAUCUGUUGAAGCGGGUUCAGAUCCUCGUUGCAGACCUGUGGGGGUGCUACCAGGGUGCGGGUUGGGGCGCCUUCCGCGAUAUCGACGCAGUCACCAUGUUUGCAGACUACAGGUGUCCGCAUUGCAUGGCCUCACGCCUUUACGACGUGCUUGUGCGUGCACUCAUCGUCUGCAGCUGCUGCGCCGGACCGUAUUGGAAGAACUCACCGCUCGAGGAAAGGCUGAUACUGUCAAGUGCAACAGCGUCAUCUUGGAUUUUUAUCUGUGGGACUUUGCCAAGGACAAUGCCAGCUCGCUCGCACACGUGCCCAUCCACCACACGCGCUCCAUCUUCUACUGACCGCACGUGGCCAUGCGAGACGUGGGUGACGAUGACACUAACAUCCAUACGGUGUAGCUGUGAACGGGAGUGCAUCUGACAGAUACAUGCUGCGUGCUGCGUUGGCACAAACACAAAAAUCCAACACCCACAGCAGACAGCUGCACGACGCGGUGUAAGCGACACGAUAAAGUAUAUUCGGU